AUGACCAGAAAUGAUCAUCAAUGCCUAUCAAAGGAAACGACAGCCCUUACACAACAACUAACACUAACACAAUUCAACCCAGCUGCAAAUAAUCAUAUUCAUCCACAGCGAUACACACCACCACGACGCAUCCCAUCCUACGUACCCAGCUUCCGACAGCAUUUUUCCCUAGGAAACGAGAAACUGACGGUCCUACACAUGCCUCCUACGAAUAUUUCACUCAAAGGCAGAAGGACAAAAACGGUGAAAACGAGGAUUUGUCUCAUUUCUGCUGAUAAUACCACGGGAAUGAAGAUGGUACCAGCAUGGUACCUUCAAUAG